GGAUCACACACAGACACAGAGCACACACACAGUUGUGGUGACAGUGAUAUAGUAUCCUACAUGCCGAACUGUAGUGUUUCUGUAGCCCCUGUGCUACUUAGUGCACGUAUAUAGGAAGAAGUGGCAUAUUUGGGACUGAACCUAGGUGUGCGCUGGGUGUGUCUUCCUCCACUCAUCAAAGUGACACAUCAUGACCGAACUUGGUUCCUGGCUGUGACUUGAGAGAUACAGACGGUUUACAAUGGACUUGUACAAUUCGUGGUUGAUUUUGUUUCUUCUGGCAGAGACCUGUGUCUGUUCUGGUGCCCAGCUUGUGAUGCCAGAAGCGGUGAGCGGCGUGAGGGGCAAAAGCGUGAAUUUCACGGCAUCAGGUCCUCCUUCGGCUGAGGUCCAGACGGUGACGUGGUCGUUCAUCCCCAAACCCGGUACCACUGUUCCCGUGUACACGGCCACGAAGGAGAACGAGAAGGUGUCCAGCGCCUACAGCGGCCGCGUGAACUACUACAGGAGCACGUACACGCUCCAGCUCAACUCGCUCAGGGCCGAGGACAGCGGGACCUACACCCUGACCAUCGUCGACUCCAACCUGGACCAGCUGGUGGACCAGACUGUGCUCGUGGUGCUGGAGCCUGUGGCGGAUGUGAGUAUCAACUCCAACCUCCCUGAAGCAGUGGAAUUCAACAGCACUGUAAUUCUCACCUGCGCCGCAAAAGGGUCUUCUCUCUCGUACAGUUGGCUGAACAACUCCGCUGCCGUGGUGGUGGAUGGGAAGCAUAUAGUGCAGAACGGCAGCCAGCUCAUCAUUAAUGAAGUUUUUCGUACAGAUCUGAUAGGGCCAAUCUCCUGCACAGCCAAGAACCAACUGGAAUCUUCAACUAGUGCCCCUUUCAACCUCACCGUCAACUAUGGCCCUGAGCUUGUCAGGAAAACACAAGAGCCUACAGCUGAAGUCCUGAAGAAGGGAUCCAACCUGACACUGUCAUGCUCGGCUCAGUCCAGCCCUGCUGCUGAAUUCAUAUGGCUUUUUAAUGAAGCCAGACUUCCCCAGAAGACUGCUACGGUAGUUCUCUCAAACCUGGGAGAGGAGCACAGUGGCAACUACAGCUGCAUGGCCUACAACAGCAAGACCCAACGCUAUGUCACUUCAGAUGUCACCAAAUUGUCUGUCCUAGAAGCUAUUUCAGGCACGAAAAUCAGUGCCCCUACUUUGCGUCUUAUUGCUGGUAACAGCACAGUGAACCUUACAUGCACAUCCAGUGUGGGGAAAGCAGACAGCGUGCAGUGGCAAAAGGAUGGCAAACCUCUGGAUAAUACCAAUCGCAUCAUCUUCACCACGGACAAGAGCACUCUCACCAUCCUCACUGUACAGAAGGAGGACGCUGGAGAGUACAAAUGCCAGCUGAAGAAUAAAAUCAGCAGUGGAGACAACAAUUACACGCUGACAAUCAACUAUGGGCCAGAGAAUGUGGCAAUAAAGGGAUUAAAACAGGCCGAGGUGGGCCAGCUUGUGAAGAUUAAUUGCUCCUUUGCCUCAGUCCCAGCUCCCACAUUUGUGUGGAAGUUCAAUGACACGGUUCUGCGCGGCGAGGAAGGAGAAUGCUUGACAAUCUCGGAUUUUGAAUACAAAAAGAGUGGUAUAUAUACUUGUGAAGCAUCCAAUUCCAUCACCGGACUCAAACAGACUGCCACCCACUAUCUCAUGGUGAAGGAAGCAGGAGAGCAGGAACCGAAUGGCCUGCCUAGUGGAGCAAUCGCUGGAAUUGUCAUAGCCGUUCUAGUGCUCUUGGCAAUCAUUAUCGGUGUCUUCAUCCACAAGAGGCGGAAGAUUUCAGAUAUUCCAUCACCAUAUUAAAGGAAAGAAAAUCUCAAGAAGAACACCUGGAUGUGCUAGAACAAUUCUUCAGCCAUUUUGUCUUUUUUACCCACAAGAUGAUUCCGUGGGGCAGCUGGAAGAACUGCCCUCAUUAGUGGAACACACCUGUAGGGCUGGCCCUCUCUCUCCCCCACACUGUGUUUCGACCUCAAUCCAUAGAGAUUGUUUUCUCUUCUAGGAAUUCCCAUCUCUUCUCCACCUGCCCACUCAGUUUCUCUCUGGUGGCCCAGGAAAACCCCACACUGAAAUUUGCUCUUCUUCCCACUAUAUUUUGACCACAGUGUCCUUUACCUUUCACUGAAGAGAAAAUGUACACUGUUUUAAUUCAUUCAAUCUAUCUAGAUACAACAGAUUAUGAUGGAAUAACAUCAUCCACCUCAUCUGUAAUGAUUCUGGAGAAAUUUCUCAGUCUCAAGCUUAGAAGGCAACAUAAAAUGCCCAGAAGCACCAGAAUAUUCCAUUGCUGGCAGAAGCUGAGAACACAGAGCUUAGUGUCGAGGUCAGCUCUGGUUAACUCUGUUCUCAAUUGAAUUCUUUCCACUUGUGGUCUUUUUAAUAUGAUGUAUGUCUAGAUUUGAAGUAUAAACAGGGGUGAGUAAAAGAUGGAAAAUAUGAGAUUUUUGUUUGUAUUGACUAGGGGUUGCACGACUACUAAUUUCUACAAUGACUACAGUGCUUUUUAGGCUACAUUACUAACAAUCAAGUAAAUAAGUCAAUGCAAUAAAUGCGCAAAAUAAUAAAUAUGUGUAUUAUAUUGCACUAUUUAAGGAUAUAUCUUAAUAGCUAAAUCAUUCUUAAAAUGCACCCUUGUGGACAAAAUGGUGGCACAGAUGAAAUCUGAGAGCGCAGCAUGGCACUGAAACUCCCUAUAGUUUAAUGAUGAUAAAAUCCUAGCUUAAUGAUGGAUGGAGGUCUACAGCAGCAUGGGACGUUAUAACGUUCAACUCUCUGUAGGACAGCCAAAGCCAGAACCUGGUUUUUUUUUUGUUUUUUUUUUUGAGAUUUAGAUAAAUGUUGGAUUUGGAAACAAUCAGAGCAGGCUAGUCUUAUGAAUGAUCUGUUUUUCCAAAUGCAUCUUGAUGACGUAGCGCUACCUCAACCACGCAGUAAAAGCCUUAAAUUAGCAGUGAGCAAAGCGCAAAAACGUUGAUCUUCUAAACCCCUCUCCACCCUCCACUGCAGGCAAAGCGAUAUCAAAGUGUUAAUGGUCCAUUAAAGCAAAAGUGCAGUUGACUGCAGAACUGACUUUUCACUUAGUCAUCUAUUCUGACAACAAAGGAAUUUUACCUGCUUUCUUUACCGUCUCCUGCGCUGGUUUUUUCUACCACCCGACUAGUCGACCUCCCGCAGCAGCGACUAGUGAAUGUAUUAAUCGACUAGUCUGUGCAGCCCCUAGUACCAACAUUCAGCUUUGGAGAGAAGCUUUUACUCUGGUCCAGAAAGAUUUGUUUUGAUUUUGUUUUGCAAUAAGCACACCAAAUAGUUCUGAUUUCUGUUAAACAGUUUUCAGUGUUACAUCUGCCAGGUUGAAAACUAAACCCACGGAAUAUUUUUGUUAGCUUAAUUGUUCUUAGGUUUAGGUCAUGUGCCAUGUUUGGUUUCUUUGUUUUUAAAACAAAUGCACAAGGGUAAGACGUUAUCUUGGCAGUGAGUUUGAACUGUGGACACUAAACACUGUGUGUGUGUUUGUCUAUGUGUCUCUGUGUGCUUUUUCCAUUGAGAAUGAGCAGAUGGUGUUCUUGACAGACCUGCUUUCUGUUCUGACAAUCAUACUCACAUAUGUUGAUUAUUCCAGGUUUUUAAGUUAAAUCCUAAUUUUCUUUCGUUUUUUUUUCUAGCAGUGAUGUUUUAUGUGCUGAUGAUGUUGAAUCCGAGGGCCUUUUAAUUGCCCGCUGCUGGUGUAUAGAGUGACACAACUUCAUGCGUGACCUUUACAGUUAUUUUUUUUCCCAUACCAAAGGAUAAGUUUGAUUUGAUAAUUUUGGUUGUAAUUAGAAAUUAAAAAUUGGGUAAAAAUAAAAAAUUUCUAAAGUGUUAAAUGUUUCUAUGUAAAUUUGGAAAAUAAAUAAACUAAUUAAUGAUAAAGUUAA